GUCAUUUCAUAUUAAUUCACCGCAGCAACCAUUUCCAUCUUAGGAAGUAAAAAUUUUCCCCUCGCUAAAUCGGAGAAGUUGCAAAUUAUGAUUAUGAUCUAACCCUAAAUUUGCAAUUGCUUAUGAGACCAGUGGUAACACUUUGACUAAGACUAAAUUAAUCAUAGUUUGUGAUUGGAGUAAGAUGCUAUGGAUUAUUGCCUUGUGUAAUAUAGUAGUUAACUAUACCAGACUGGUUUUGAAAUAUGCCGCCCAGCCAUUAUCUUUGCUCCGAUCCAUCGAUCCACCACCGUCUCCACCACCGUCUCCACCACCACUUGUUAAUCAUCUUCAACCAACAGUACCAAUCAGCCUAACUAUGGAUAUAGAAACAUUUGAUGAAGUGGAUCCUUUUAAUUUUAUAACAGAAGAAUGCUUUAGUGAUCUUAGUGCAGUACCGGUUAUACCUUGGGAGAGGAAAUAUUUGGAACAGUUAAUGGACGAUACUUUCAAUACAAAUGAUGAAGAUUUAAGAAACUUAAUUAUAAUUGUGAUUAUUUCUUUGAUUGUUAUUGUAGUAGCAUUUAUCUAUACACAAGGAGAGCAGAGCUAUAGAAGGGAAGAUAGGGUUGAGGUGAUACCAGAGAAGCUUGAAGAAGAGGAGGAAGAAAAGAAAGAAAAACAGGAAGAAGAGGAAGAAGGAGAGAACAAUGAAGAGGCUUCUAUCAAUGGAAAGAACGGCGUAGAUUCUGAUCCUAGUUUAAAUCAAUCUCUCCUCUCAACUGGUCAAGAUAAUCCAUUCUACCCGAUAGGUCAUCCAAAUCACUCAACGAGCCAAUAUUUAGAAACAAAACUAUCACCAUCAACCUCAGUAUCACAUUUAAUGAAUAAUUUCUUACCAGGACCACUACCCAGAGUAUAUCCAGCGAAUUUGAUAAUGCCAGACAAAUCCAAUAUUAACUUUGCUGAUGAUUUAAAGAUAGAUAUAAAUCAUUACCCUGUUCUCAAUAGUAGACAUUCUGAAAACUUAUCAAUAAAAGAUAUCCCACAAAGUAAGAUAGACAUUCUAAAACCUCCUAUGAUUCUUAAAAGUGCUGUUGGCAAUGUCGAACAAAUUUGUAAUAGUUCACAUUCAUUUGGUAGAUUACAACUAACAGCCUAUGCAUUACCGGAAACUCAAAUAAGUCAAGUUAAUGUUAUAAGCAGAGUAUCAUUAAGUGCUGGAUCCGAUCAUUCAGUUGAGUUUAUUAACCAAUCAGAUGUAGAUUUAAUAGUUGAAGAUUAUAAUGAAUAUGAUGAGAGUUUCAGUGAAGUUAAAGAUGGAAUUUAUGAAAAGUUUACAAGUCUGAGAGGCUCAUCUACCAGUACUAAGAUAUCAGAGUCGAAGAAGUUUGUUCUUAAUUCUGACCUAUUAGAAUUAUUAAAGAACAAUGAUGGUAACUUUAAGGAUAAUUUUGAUGAUUUUUUCAAUACUAUAGAAGAUUAUCAAUCAAUAAGUCUUAAUCUUGAUAUUGAAAAGACAUUGUUAGGUUCUGAAAUGAUUACGGCUGAAUCCAUUGAACGUAAGUUCCAUGACUUAUUCAUACUAAUAAAUAUUCCUACAAAAAAUCAACUCAAUCAAAUAAAAUUCAUUGGAAAAUUACGAUAUUUUAUUACUAUGAAAUAUGAAGGAUCAGAUGAUGAUAUUUUGAAUAUCAUUAAGGUUUAUCAAGAAUUUAUGAAUACUAGUUUUGACAGAUUUGUUGAAGUGUUAGCAGAGUUUAAAAACUCUGAAGAUUCGAGAGUAUCUCAACAUUUAAUUUUGCUUAUCAGAGAUUUUAUAAAAUUUAAUGAUUCUUCAAAUGCCAAAGUAGGAGCUAAUAGCUUUUCAAAAUGCCUAAGCCUAUUGUUUGAGAUUUUAGAAUUGAAUACUUCUUUAAAAGAAGUCAUAUGUAGCUCAUUACUAUCAAUAAUCACAUCGUUGGAUUUGAAGACCUUCAAAACCCGUUUUCUAACUUUAUUUGAGGAUUUAUUUUCCACUAAUAAGAUAUCUUUCAAGCAACAAAUUUUAUCAUUAGAAGGUGUUAUUUAUUAUUUAUGCAUUAAUAGAAUAGUUAUUGUUGAAGAAUUCAAUAAUACUCCAGCAUAUGAAAGCAAACUUGAUUGUUGUGGCUAUAAAAUCAUUGAGAGUGUUCACAAAUGUAUUAAAAGCAUUUGUCAUUUAUCUACAGCAAAUGAAAAACAACCAGUAAAUAUCAGUAGUCAAGUUCAAUCAAGCUUGUAUGGGUUUGCUUAUGAAUUAGUAGACCUAUAUUUGGUAAUUCUUGAAGUAUUCUUGAAGUCAUCUAAAGUUCCUUCUUCAACACAGGCAGAAUUAUUAACGAUUUAUAUUAACGAAAUUUAUGAAGAUACGAAAGUAAUGGUUUCCUUUGAUUCAAGAACCUUACAGCCUCCUAAACUUAACAUUAAUUAAUGGGUGCAAAUAAAUAAAUAUAAAUAAAUAUAU